AAAAUCCGUAUUUCGACUCUCAAAAUGCUGGCGCAAAAACUGGUGUGCUUUCGGUUGACUUCCGAAGUAGCGGGUCCGAGCUGAUAAUGAAAAACUUGUCGGAAGAAGACUCACCUCUUCUGGUCGUCCCAACAAACCAACAAGAACCAAACGUCAGUAUGUUCGCCCUGAUGACCUCCAUCACAGCACCGAAGACCAUCAACCACAACGUGAACCUGACCGGUCCCAACAAGACCAUCAGGGUGGUGUUCAGACCGUCCAACCCCCAGGACUUCUUCAGGCUGUGCAUCGUCUACGAGGAUUACCCGAAUGACACCAAUGCCCUGUAUUGCGAGGUCUUACCAAAGAGUCUCAAAGAGACUCAACUGGCGACAGAGAUGAAAGACCAGAGCAAGGACGUGGACCCUUUCUUCGUCAACGAGCAAAUGCGUUACACCUUCUCACCACCUGCGAAUAUCACCAACAGGAAUGGAACGUAUAGAUACAGCGUAAAUUUAACCACCUCUGUGUUUUCUGUGGAUGACAGUGCGAGCAACCACACCUACACGAUACAAUCCUAUAUCUCAGACUGCAGAUACUGGGACACAGAAACGAUAUCAUGGUCAGUCGAAGGAUGCAAGUUGCUAGAUGAAACCACAUGGAAGCACACGGUGUGCUGCUGCAACCAUCUGACGUCAUUCGGAGGAGACUUCGUUGUUCCACCAAACACCAUCGACUUUGGCAGCGUCUUCAGUAAAUUUAAAUCGCUUCACGAGAACGCAGCGGUGUUCGCUACAGUGGUAACCAUCUUGUGUCUCUAUGUGUUGGUGCUCAUUUGGGCGAGGAGGAAGGAUAAAAAGGAUGUAAUUAAGUGGGGCGCCCAUCCCUUAGAAGACAACCUUCCCUCUGACACAUACCACUACCAGUUGGCCGUUCACACAGGAGUCAGGAAGGGAGCGGGGACCAAAUCAAGGGUCAGCCUCAUUUUGUCCGGGGACGAGUCGGACACGGGAGUCAGGGAACUGUCGGACGGGCAACGGAAGGGUUUCUUGCGUGGUUCCGUCAUGAACUUCAUCCUGAGCGUGGAGAACUGCCUGGGCCCAUUGACAUUCCUGCGAAUCUGGCACGAUAACCAAGGCAAGGGCAAAACCAGGAGCUGGUAUCUGAACCAGAUCCAGGUAACUGACCUGCAGACUGGCGACAAAUACUUCUUCUUGAACGACCGUUGGCUUGCAGUAGAAGAAGACGACGGCAUGGUUGAGCGGAUCAUCCCAGUAGCGGGCUUCUCGGACAUGGCAAGCUUCAGCCAUCUCUUCUCCAGCUCCGUCAGGAAGAAGCUGACAAACGAGCACCUCUGGUUCUCAGUGGUCUCACGGCCCACCAGGAGCAACUUCACGAGAUGCCAGCGCGUCUCCUGCUGCCUUUCCUUACUGUUCCUAACCAUGAUCACCAACUGCAUGUUCUUCAAAGGCGAGGAAAGAGUCGAGAGGACAUCCUCGGUGACGCUUGGUCCAUUCAGCUUCUCAAUGGCUCAGCUGUAUAUCAGUACGGUCAGCACUUUGAUCGUAUUCCCGGUGAAUCUGCUCAUGGUGGUCAUAUUCCGCAAAUGCAAACAAAAGAAGAACAACGUUUCGCAGAAGAAUCAGUCCUUUACGACCAAGUCCAAGAGACAGCAAUGGAAAGCCAUUAACCCCGGGUCUGCACUAUGGACGAACGCCGAAAAGGCCAAGUCUGAGAAGUUUAAAGAUAGUCUGAGGAAGAUUUUGUUCUGGAAAAACACGGAGGAUCAGCAGUCGAAGUAUUCGUCUGAUUCAGAGGCUUUGACCAAAAAGAAAAAGAAGCAGCCUUUCCUGUUCCCGCCCUGGUUCCUUUACGUUGCAUGGAUUGUAUGCUUCCUGAGUGUAAUUGGCUCGGCAUUUUUCACCAUCCUGUACAGCAUGGAAUGGGGCAAGCAAAAGUCAGAGGAAUGGCUGUCAACCUUCGUGAUGUCGUUCUUCCAAUCGGUCAUCGUCGUCCAACCAAUCAAGGUGUUGUUACUAGCUGCUUUCAUCUCGUUCAUCUUGAGGAAGCCUGAGCUUGAUGAUGAUGAACCAGGGGUAGAAGAGAUGAACAAUCUCCCUGGACCAGAUGAAGAAGCCACGAGGAAGAGUGUGGUGGAUUUAGACAAGAUCAUUCUGCAGCGCCGUAAUGCUGUACACAACCUCCGACCACCCGACCAGGCGUCUCUCCGAGAAGCUAGAGAACUUAGAUUAAAGGAGAUUGCAAUGGAAUCGAUCAUAAAAGAGAUGAUGGCCUACUUUGUCUUCAUCAUCAUCAUCUUCUUCCUGUCCUACCAGACUAGGAGUACUCACAGCUAUAAGCUGGGCAGCACCGUGAAAAAUCUCUUCAUGAAAAAGUUCAUACCAAAGACACAUGAUAGUCUCUUCCAAUAUCUAAACACCACAUUCAUCAGUGGCCUGUACGCGCCCAUCUGGUACAAUGGCAAGAUCACUGACUGGCGGGAGAGGUUGUGUAUCAAUGACGGCAACUACCAGACGAUCAGAGUGGGUGCAGCCAGGUUGAGGCAGAUGAGAAUUAAAGAUGAUACGUGCAACGUGGAAGACGAGAUGGCCCCUUUCAUCCACCACUGCCGAGACAGUUACAACUGGGCUGAUGAUGACACGAAACCCUAUUACCCCGGCUGGGUCAAACCUCCAGAAGAGAACAUCACCGAACUGAAGAAACAAAACUCACCUUGGGUCUACAAGAGUGGUUUAAAGUUGAAGAAUGCGCCUUUUGUGGGCCAGAUCAGUGUGUAUAAAGGGGGAGGCUACACCCGCAACCUUGGACGUACCACAGGACAAACACAGAAGAUAAUCCAGGAACUGCACGACGAGAACUGGGUGGAUGCGAGGACAAGAGCUGUCUUCAUUGAGUUCACCCUCUACAAUGGCAAUGUCAAUUUGUUUGCCUCGGUCAUCAUGGUUGCGGAAUUUAUGUCUGCUGGUGGUAUUCAACCUACGACAGAAUACAAGAUAUUCCGGCUCUAUAGUUACGUGGGUGGUUUCGGUAUCGUAGUCCUGAUCGCUGAGAUCAUCUUCGCCAUUUUCGUUAUCUAUUACUUCUUCCGGGAGAGCAACCACAUUAGAAAACAGAGGCUGAAGUACUUCAAAGAUUUCUGGAAUCUGAUGGAGUUUGCUACCUUGACAGGGGCGGUCACCUGCGUUGCUAUGUACAUCAUGAAAAAGAUCCUCGGUAGUGUGGCGAUGGAUGCAUUGAAGGAGAGUGGCUCAUCUGACUUCGUCAACUUCCAAGCGAUCGCCCUGUGGGAUGAACUCUACGGCAGCCUGCAGUCCAGCCUUGUCUUCAUCGCGACCAUCAAGUUCAUUAAGAUACUCAAAUUCAACCGCCGAAUCGGAAUGCUUGGAAGCACCAUAUCACAAGCCGGGAAAGAUCUGAAAGUCUUCAUCAUAGCUUUCUUCAUCUAUUUCCUCGCAUUCUGCCAAUUCGCCUACCUUCUCUUUGGGCGCACGCUCUCCAAGUAUGACAACUUCAUCGGCGCUGUCGAGGCGUUGUUUGCCUUCGCGCUUGGCGACUUUGACUUCGAGGAGCUCAAGUCCGCCAGCCCCAUACUCGGCCCGAUCUUCUUCUUCCUCUACGUAGGGAUCGUCUACUUCGUCCUGAUGGCAAUCUUCCUUACCAUCAUCAAUGACUCGUUCGCGGCGGUCAAAGAGAACACGACGCUUCAGUCGAACGAUUACGAGUUGGUGAGCUUCAUGGUGAAGCGCUUCAAGGGGAUGUUCGGGAUCACGGAGAAGGAGAAGAGGUCGGAGAGCCAGAUGACAUUGAAGGAGGAUGAAAGUGACGAGGACGAAGAUGAAGAGAUUCAGAAGAAGAAGAGACAUUGAAAGAGAACUUUCAUGAAACGCAGGCACGCCAAGAUAAUUUCUAUCAAGAACAAAUGAUAUGAAGGCAACAUAUAUUUAAACCAGCACUGUUGAGAUGUAACCAUUUAGGGCCUACAGAUCACUCUUCACGCCAGAUAAUUAAUUUUCAAAGAAGUAUAUUAAAAGGGAAAGUCGUUCUUAUGAUCACUUUAACCUAUGCAAGUUUGAUUUAAAGAGGUGAAACACUGAAUUUGUCCUAAACUUUAGCACGGACCAUCGGGGGAAAGCACAGAAGGACGAUGAUGGGUGAAGGUUCAGAAUGUAUUUUUAAUUAAUUCUCUAAGCAUUUUUCCACAAUCACUGUUGUGAACAACUUUUAAAGACCAAUUUUAUGUAGAAAAAUAUUCCAUGUCGAACCAUGGUUGCAUUUGACUUUGAAACGCUGAUAUGCGGGUUUAGGUAGCAAAACAUUACCAUGGUGACGGUGUUCAAGGCAGGUUAUUAAUUACCAAUUUGAAAGACCUUCAAAAGCCAUAUUCUUGUACUACAUGUAAUUUGAUAUGAAUCGUACACCCCUUUCCGACUACUGAACAUGAAAGAGAUGACUGUGAUCGAAUGAUGUGUAUCAUGUUACGACGUAUUUCCGA